AUGAUUGGCGACAAGGCCGAGAGACAACUUCAUGGCUCUCCAUCCAAGAACGUUUUUAGAAGAUUGAGCACUUCUCCAAUCAAGAAAUCACCUGUAAACACAAAUAAAAGUGCGAUGAGAUUGUCUCCGGUACGACCUAGAAGAAAUUGGGACCAGACCAUGUCUUUUCAGACCACCCCAAAAAGAUUGCAAUCUCCGCCCUACCUUCAAGACUUCAAAAAUGCCGCUGGUACGGUAAGCGUUGAUCGUGUUCAUUUCAAUAACAACCCGGACGACACGUCGAUCCAACUCUCGUUUCCCACUUCUCCCGUCAAAGCGAGAUACAGUAAUGCUAUAGCUCCUGGUGGGGAUGGUUCGCUUAGUAGGAUCAGAGCCAGGUUCGGCGGUGGACAGAGGUCACCUCAGAAAUCCCUGAAUUCAAGGUCAACAGCGACAACAGUAACGGACCUGGCGCCAAUGCCUACACGAAACUUACUCCCUAAACUCAAAGAACAAGAUGAAGGAGGUUUAAUAACCAGCAAUAAAGAUGCCAUUCAUCUCGACGCUACCACAAAUAAUACAAAGUUGAAUUCUGCACCCGUGGACGAUUCAGAACGGGAUGGAUUCCGGAUAAGAAAACCUAAGUUGUUGAGUCGCAAGAAAAGCGUCAAAUUCAAAUCUCUAGGCGGCGAAGGUGACGUUCGAGAUCAGUUGUCUGAUAUAACAGCUAUGUUAAGUAAGAUCAUUCAGCGACAAGACCAGCUCGAGGCUAAAAUCGAUUCUAUAGAGCGUGGAUAG